AUGCUAUCCACCCCACCAUCCUCCUCCCUCAUGAAAACACUUACCUCCCUCGUCCUCCUAACACUUCUAAUCACCCGCCCCGCCCUCGCAGAUUUGGACGGCUCCCACGGAAAGCGCUGCUGGGGCUACACGUCCGCGGUCAUCGCGCUGUCCGUGUGUCUGUUCUUCGUGACAGGCUUGUUUAUCUAUUUGCUAAGGAAGUACCGGAAGAUCACGAGGCCGAAGAAGGUGAAGGUGAAAGACGAGGAGAAGGGGAAGGCGGUAGGGCCUGGGCAGGAGUAUGUAGAUCGUGAGGGGUAG